AUGAGAAACAGCUGUGAACCCUGCCGUGACCGCAAAAGCCGCUGUGAUGGUGGCACGCCAAUAUGCUCGGGAUGCCAGCGUCGCGGCUUAGCUCUAGAUUUGUGUGUCUACAAGGUCGACAAUGCUCGAACUGCCAGCAACGAGGCAUACAUUCGCGCUCUCCAUGAGCGCAUUCGCUCCCUGGAGAACGCUUGCAAGGGCAGCAGCAUAUCAGCGCAUCCUUUUGGGUCCGAUGAACGGGACGACCGGCCAGCAAAUUCCACUGGGGCGGCAGACCAAAGGGAAGAUGCAAAUGGGGCUUUGUCCCCAGUCACAACUCGAAGUUCUUGCCAAGAUUCCACUCAUCUUCCUCUCGAUAUGCUGCCACUGGCACCGGCCGACCAUAUUGACUCGUCCGAUGACUCCAACCCUGUUACAGCCAUGGGCACUAUAUCCGCAACGGAUGACCAUGUCAAUUCAGCCCUCAAGGGAACCAACGAGUUUUACGGCAGUUCUUCUGCUGCUUUCUUUAUCAAGGAGACGUACGGCUCUAUGGGAACCGCCACAGCUGGCUUACGCGGCAUGCCUCCAAGAAGCGGAUUCGAGGGCGGCCAGUCUGCCAAUCUUCUAAGUGCUACGCACACUUUUCACUUCUCGCUGCCACCGCGCUUUGUGGCGGAUCAGCUGCUGGAUGAGUUCUGGCGGCGGGUAUACUACCUAUAUCCCAUGUUUCACCGACCCACGUUUGAGAGUGCAUAUCACAGUCUAUGGGAGGCUCACCGGGAGACAGAUUCGACAGCUCCGGCAUCAAGUGGCGAGCUGGGGCUUGGAGGAUCACCAGGUGCAGGUCCAGGCAGCAUCGUCUUCCAUUGCGCCUUGAACACAAUAUUUGCAUUGGGUUGCUCGUUCCUGGACGCUCCAGCCUCGGAAAAGUCCAACGCAAUCCAGGUGUACUUUCUGAGAGCCAAGCACUUUAUUGGGCUCGACUUUCUCGAUAUGAAUAACAUCGGCGUGGUACAGUCUCUGCUUUUGAUGACACUCUUUCUCCAGUCUACGUCAUUUGCAAGCCGUUGCUGGAAUGCGGUAGGAAUAGCCUGUCGUGUUGCUCAAGGGCUUGGGCUUCACGCUGAGCCUGAUGUAGCCAGCCGAAGUCCCCUUGAGAGAGAGAUACGAAGGAGGACCUGGCACUGCUGCCUCGUCCUAGAUAGGCUUGUGAGCAUGACAUUCGGCCGUCCUACCAUGACGGCGCACUUGUCCAAUCUAGAGCUCCCGUCUUCCAUGGAUUACGACUCAAGUAAUGGCGAAGAUGGCAUUGGUGGCAACCAAAAUGCUGAAGUGUCGAGAUAUCUUUUCAAUGUCGAGCAUAUUCGGCUUUGCAACAUCUUGGGCGAAAUUUUAUUCCAAGUCUUUCAACCCUCUGAUGGGCCAUUGUCCGCAAAGCAGUCCAAUGGCAGACCUAAUGAGGGGCAUCACGGACUCGACGUCAUUCUAAAUUUAGAUGCACAGCUCUCGGAAUAUGUGAAGACGGUCCACCCGGCCUUGUCGUGGGUGUACCCGCGCGCAGUCACCUCCGUGAAGCCCGAGAUCAAAUCGGUUCUUGAAAUGCAACGAAACGCGCUCCAUGUCAGAUUCCUAUAUUUUAGAUUGAUGCUACACCGGCCAACGUUGACGAAUGUAUGCAUCACCUCUGGCGUGGAAGAACUUGACUCCUCACUACCGUACGACGCGCGCCAGACUUUGUACAAGUCCUGCGCUAUCGAGAGUGCCAAGAUAUGCAUUCAAAGCGCAAUGCAGCUUUUGGAGGCGAUGGCACGGACUUGUGCCACUUCCACAUCAACCGGGUGGUGGUGGACUGGAUUAUAUACCAGCACCGCCGGUUUGGUGCUGCUAAUUGGACGUUCUAACCCUCUGCUGGAAGCGUCUAUGGGCCGUCAAGCAAUGGAACAGUCGUGGCGUGCUUGUCAGGCUAUUCUGAACGAGCUAUCAUCCUCCAGCCCAUCUGCUCAGAGGUCCAUCAAGCUAUUGCAGGCUCUCAACGCCAAGCUCACAUCCCGGACCGAACGGGGCCAUGCAGUUCCACUGGAAGCAGAUCGGACUGAGAAACAGCAUGCUAUCCCCACCGGCAUACAGCCAGACCGUUGUGCGGCUCGGGUUCAUGUUGCCACUGAGCCCGAGGCACAGAAUAAUCAGUUCGCCACUGGCUGGCAUCCCCCAGGCUGCGUGUUGCCUGGUCUACAGGCUGACAAGGUUCCAAAUUUUGACAUGGAGGACUCAUUCGUCAAUUGGGACCAGGCCAUGGAUUUCAUGACAGAUGCACCUGGCUUCCUGUAA